CGUACAUUUUCAUAAGUCUCUCAACAUUUCUACACAAAAUUGUUGUCAGCAACUCUAGUUUGUGAAAAAAUUUCGGUAGGUUGUGAAAAUAAAGUAAUUGUGUCGAAAAUAAUUAAAAUACUAUAUAAAAGACUUCAAUAAAACACUGCAAUAGACUGUUGUUGGCGUUGAUUGUAUAGCAUAAUUGUAGCAUAAUUGCUAUUCAUAUGUGAAGCACUGUAAGGUGAAGAACACAUAAAAGUGCACUGCUCUAGUUGUUUGGAGAAUACACGGAACUCAGCGGUGACUUUCAAUAAACUGCUAGUGAAUUUGUUAUGCAAACAAAAAUAAUUAAACAGUGAAAAUAAGUUUUGUAAAGAUGUGAUUAAGUGCUUGGAGAAAUUCAUGAAAACUGCUACCAUUUGUAGAUGCUAAAAAGAGAUCCCCGAAUAUGAACGAUCGAAAACGAUCAACCUCUGCUAUGUCGCUAUAUUGUAUCGUGCUGCAUUGAUAGCUUGACAAAACGUGGUGUUUUUGUUGCUUUGGCAUGCUUUGCUACGUUCGUUUAUUGUUGCACCACUGUGAAUUUCAGAAUUAAAUAUGUCAGUAGGUGUGUGCAGUGGUGGCAGCCAUUGUGAAUGCAUUAGGUUUUUCGCUGUGGUCACGUACUCUCUUUCAUGCUGUGCAAUUUUGUUAUAAUUUAGUCAGUUUUACCUGUGCGAAGAAUAUUGCGAAUUAAUAUUGUUUACAUUAAUGCAAAUACAAUAUUAGUGUGAUCCUAUUUUGUGUGUAAAGAAAAUAUUGACAAAGGGAAAAUCAAUUAAAUGGAACACCUAACCAGCGACUAACAUUGAUUGCCAUUAAUAAAAUCGUAAACGAAAAGCAAACAAAUUAACGUUGCUAUAACGGUUAAAUACAUUUAGCGAACGCGCGUGUGUGUGUGUGUGUGUAAGUGCAUGUGUGACAAGCAUUGCACUUAAAUAAAGAACCACAACACCAAAAACAGCACACAAAAAAUGUCUUCAUCCAGCGUAGAUGUACCGCGGAUUAUGGUCUUUCGACCGACUUGGGAAGAAUUCAAGAAUUUUCCCAAAUACAUCGCCUACAUGGAAUCUCAAGGCGCACACAAAGCCGGUUUGGCCAAAGUAGUGCCACCACCCGAGUGGGUGCCACGACGCAGUGGCUACGAUGAUCUGGAUGCACUCAACAUUACCAUACCGGCGCCGAUUUGUCAGGUCGUGACCGGCAAACAAGGUCUCUACCAACAAAUCAACAUACAGAAGAAACCACUUACCGUGAAGCAAUUCAGUGAAUUGGCGUCCACAGAGCGCUAUCAGACGCCCAAACAUUUUGACUUUGAAGAUCUCGAGCGUAAAUAUUGGAAGAAUAUUACUUAUGUAGCGCCGAUAUAUGGCGCGGAUGUUAGCGGUAGUAUUACAGAUGUGGAUCAGGAUAGUUGGAAUAUAAAUCGUCUGGGCACAAUACUGGACUUUGUUAACGAGGAUUACGGCAUACAAAUUGAUGGUGUGAAUACGGCAUAUUUGUAUUUUGGCAUGUGGAAGACCACCUUUGCCUGGCACACCGAAGAUAUGGAUCUCUAUUCGAUAAACUAUUUACACUUUGGAGCCCCGAAGACGUGGUAUGUCGUUCCACCCGAACAUGGGCGCAAAUUGGAGAAGGUCGCUAAUCAAUAUUUUCCGGCAAGCUAUCAAAAUUGCAACGCAUAUUUGCGGCAUAAAAUGACACUGAUCAGUCCGCAAGUGCUUAAGCAACACGAUGUGCCAGUGAGCAAAAUAACGCAAGAAGCUGGUGAAAUAAUGAUAACAUUUCCUUUCGGCUACCAUGCCGGCUUCAAUCAUGGUUUCAAUUGCGCCGAGUCUACAAAUUUCGCCAUGGAACGGUGGAUUGAAUAUGGAAAACGUGCCGUUCAAUGUACCUGCAGCAACGAUAUGGUUAAGAUCUCCAUGGACACAUUCGUGAAACGCUUUCAGCCCGACCGCUAUCAAGCGUGGUUGGAGGGCAAUGAUGUGGGCAGACAUCCGGAGGAUCCGCCCAGUGCUGUAGCCGCAGCACCACUACCAUCACAUUUGGAUGUGACAUGCAAUAAGAAUCAUGGGGCUGACAAUUUACCAAUGCACGUAAUACAAAGAAUGAAGAAACAAUGUAACCCUACAAAAAAGAAGUCAUUCAAAGAGCGCAAUCCUGACUUGAAUUUAGAGGAGAUACAACUAAAUCCCAACAUACCCGAUGAGGUUAAGGCUGUGCUGAAAGAGAGCGUACUUACACUCGACGCUGAGGACGAAGAGCCGGCCAUAAUCGGUGACGGCGAACCUGAGUUGCUGAUUCCACUAAGUCCAGCCAAUUUGAAGACCAAAAAGGAAUUAUUAGACUACAUCGAUGAUGGCACAGAUGAAGAUGAGGAAGAGGAGUUUCGUAAACGUCGUCAUAAGCGCAAACAUCAUUCUGAUUAUGAUGAUGAUUGGUUCACCAGCAAGCGGCGUACGAAUUCCCGAAAUAGCAGCAAAGGUCGUAGUCCGCGCAAUAGCAAUAAAGACGAUCGCUCCAUAUCGCCGGCAUCGUCAACAUCCUCAUCGUCACGUGCACGUCGUCAGCCAUGUACGACGCCUGGCAAAACACCACGCAAGACGCCCAAUCGUCGAAAGAAAGACAAUGGAGCGACAACACCAAAUGCUACCGCCGCCACGACAGUGCCCACGAAAGCGGCACAAUCCGAGGCUGUGGCAAACGUGCUGAAAACCGCAGCUGCCGUUUCACAAGCGCUAAGCGGACAAUGCAGUGAUGAAAACGGCAAUAGCAAUAGCGACAGCAAUGGCGGUGUUGCGAGCCCACCAGCGCCCAACGUUGAGACACCAGCUGUAGCCGUGACCGUGUCAGCCGUAGCUGCUGCUGCCGAUGCGGCGGGAGGUAACGGCAGUUUAGCAGUCACAACAAAUUCAACUACCACAACCGCACACACACCCGUUAUACGUGUGGUGCGUAAGUUGAGCGAUCAGCUGAGCAAUCAUAACUACGAUCUCCCCUCUGUGCCGAGUGUGUUGCAGUUUAUGCAACAAACACGCAAAUUUGAGGGUAAAAUACCGAAAAUCAGUCAACAAGUGAAUUUACAACGUGCCGAACUGCUCAUAAUGCCAACAACAUCGAACGCUUCGGCCUCCACUGCUGUUGCUAAUACCACUAACGCCAUAACAACAGCAACCACAUCUAGUCAGCAACAACAACAGCAUCAACGGCAGCAGCAGCUCGAGCAGGAGCAACAACAGCAAACAAUUGUUUAUACAACAAUGUUGCCGGCGGCAAGCACAUUGAAUGGCAUCGUUGCACAGCAAAGUACGCAGCAACAACAACAGCAAACGCAAUACAUUACAAUACCCGCCACAUCGUCGGCGUCGGGUGCCAAUAGCACGGAUGGCGCUGUUUAUCAGUUGCAAAGCGAAAUUGUUUGCGAUGCAGCUACAUAUCAGCAACAUCAGCAACAGCAACAGCAGCAACAGCAACAACGCCAGCAACAGCACGAACAGCAGCAACAACAACAACAAUUGACUGCACAAAGCAUCAACGGCAAUACAAUUGCUGUGACGUCGGCCGCCGCAGCGCAAGACAAUGUGGUCACCACUAUUAGUUCGUCCCCUAUACUGCUCACCUCGACCGCCGCUGCCGCCGGCGCCAAUAAUAACCACCACCAGCAACAUCAUCUCCAACAACAACAACAGCAACAACACAAUUCCGCUGCUGCCGCCACACCGACCUAUACCACUACAACCACCACUGCCACACCGCUCAAUGCAAUCAAAACUGAAAUUAACGACGAAACGAAUCAUAUUAUCGUCAAUGGCGAUGGCACGACAACAACGCUGCAGACGCAGUCGCACCCUCAGUAUCAUUACAUCACCACUACAGGUGAAGAUGGACAAACGCCGACGACAAUCGUUUUUGAAAACUACAAUGGUGAGGUCACUGAAGUGAACGGUGGAGGGGGCGCCACCACGAUCAUUAAAUUUGAGGGUGACGAUACCGAGUAUCAAGGAUAUCAGGUGAUAAAACAAGAGGAGGACAACUCAAAUGGCAUACACAAUGAUGGAUCGUCAAUGGAACAACAACAACAGCAACAGCACCAACAACAACAUCAGCAGCAACAACAGCAACCACAAUUUACUUAUAAAACUAUUAAGCAAGACGAAGAAAUGAAUCAAACUAUAACCGACACGAUAAUAGUGCCCGCUAACGGCGUACCAGCGAUACCACCGCAAAAACAAAAGCGCAAGCGAAAAACACGUUUGAUUUCUCCCGACGAACAGGGCGAGUACUUGGAGAAAAUGUCGGUGCGCGGUCUGGACAUUCAGCGCUAUGAACAUAUCAUUGACGGCGUCUCCUAUUGCCUGGUGUGUGCCAAAAAUGACGUUUUCAAAACAUUCAAAAACAAAUACAGUUUCCAACGUCACGCCUACCUAUUCCACGAGGGCGACAAUCGCAAGAUAUUCGCCUGCCCCAUUUGCAAUAAAGAGUUUUCACGUCCCGACAAAAUGAAAAUGCAUAAAAAAGAUAAACACGGCGAUAUGCAAGUACCCGAUGGCACUCUUACACCAGCGGCCACACCGGUGAAGCAAUCGUCAGAAACCAAUACAGGUAAGCGUCCACGUGCCACCAGUGCACGAUCAUCACGUGCGCGGAAACCACGUGCCACCAUAGCCAACACCGCGACGGCGACCGUCAACAGCGGCAGUGAAGAGAAUGCCGUGGAAGCGAAACGGAAACGCCUUGCGCAAAUCGAUAGCGUUUUAGACGUGGUGCAGCAGCAAGCAGCCGACGUGAACGCAACACAGGCGCAAACAACCACUAUCAAUGUACAACUGCAACAGCAGGCAAACGCACAACAAGUGCAGGUACAACAACAACAGACAUUGCCGCCCAUCGAUUUGAGUGGUAUGAUUCUGCCCGGUGGCGCUCAGCUAGCGCUGGCCAAUCCCGGCGCGACGUCUGCGCUUCUGCAGCAACAACGCGUUGCACAUCAACAACAACAGCAGCAGCAACAGUCGCACGCCCCACCACCACAGCAUAUUGCAUUGUCCGCGCAAGCCACGCAGGUGCUGCAGCCGUCAGCAACAGCCGCCACUGCUGCUGGCGCCGCUGGCACCACCCUCAUCUAUUCCAAUCAGAUUGAUUUGCAGCAAGCGCUGUUACAGCAACAGCUGCAUGGCCAAAGUAUUAUGAUACAAGAUCAAGCGGGCAAUUUGGUGCCGCUGCAAUCAUUGCAAGCGCUCAACGCAGCCACCACGUUAGACGGCACGCAAACAAUCUACACCACACAGCCGGCGCGUCAUGCACAACCGCCGCAACAGUUGCUGCAGCCAACACAGCAAACGACGCCGCCGAAUGCCUAUCAGCCGGCGCCGCAACAACAUAUACAGCUGCAGGCGUUACCAACCGGUUCGCCACAAGAGACUAUCAUCACCACGACAUCGCCGGCCGCACAGGCUCAGCAGCAACAGCAACAGCAGCUGAAAACAACCACACAACAUCAGCAACAGCACACAGGCAAUGUUGUGACACAGCAGCAGCAGCAACAACAGCAUUAUGAGCUGGAGAAUGUUGCAUAUCUGUCGUCGACUGCUGCAACGCCGGCGCCGCCGGAGCAACAACAUCAACAACAACAACACCAUGUCAUCGGCACUGUGCAAAGCUAUCAGAUACUCACGCCCGACGGCUUGCAAAGCUACCCCACCGCCACAGCGACGACAACCAAGUUGGAACCGAGCGAUUUGGCGGAACUUUGUCCAUACACUUCAAUGACCAGCACGACACCACAUUACACAUUCACAACACAUGCGGGACAUCAUGGCGCCACCGCGGACGCGUUGCAUCAGCAAGUUGCCGGCGCCACAACUAGUCAUACACAGCAGCAGCAGCAGCACCAGUUGGCGGCUGGCGGCGGCGGCCAGCAGCAGCAUCACAUACAGCAACAACAUCAUUUCAUGGAGCUCAAGAACGAUUUGUUGAUUAAAAGCGCAGCUGAUGCGUACGCGUUGGACGCGAGCUCCAUGUAUCACCUGCCCUUCUCGCCAUCAUCGAUGAUCAGCUCGGUGAACGAUGGCAACGGACAGUCACUGCUCGAAACCAAAGAGAUUAGGACCAUUGCUGGGCCACAAGUCAGAAAUGCCAACAAUACCGUUAUUACCACCACCACCAGCAACAACAACAAGAAGACAACGAUACAGCCGCGUACAGUGCAACUGUUAGUGACGCGUCGUCCCAUCAUCGCAAACAACAACACCAACAGCAAUAGAACGCAAGUUGUUCCAAACAACAGCGGCGCUGCCGCCGCGCAAACAGCGACAAUUGUAGCACCUGGCGUAUUGAAAAUAUCUUCGGCGGCAAUGCAUGCAAACAACAAUAAUAACAACAAUCAAAUUUUACAUACCACCACCGGUACUGAAACCGUUGUAAUUGAGGAAGAGGACGAUGAAUUGCUCACAGCCACUAGUGGCGAUGACGGUUCAAUGUCACCGAACGCUCUCGCAAUGUCGGCGACUACAGCGCAAAUUUUACGCAAAUUUCGUAUACCUAAGGGCACUGCAUUGACGGCGAAAUCGAUCAACAACGUGGAAGAGGCAACUAGUGCGCCGGAAGCGUUAAUCUGCAGCACUUCAACAUCGCCUGUGCACUCGCCAAUACAUUCUACUUCGUGUUCGCCACCACCACCGGCUGACACACCGAACUCUGUAGAUUUGGUGGAGGAGGUGAUCGAGACCGACGAGAACUCAACGUGUCAGUCAACCGACGAAGUGCUGAUCACCGCAGACACAACCACAGCCGACACCAUAAACGAGUGUGAGGUAGACGCUGUCGAAGAAGCUGAUGUCGAUUCUAAUACCAACAACACUACAACAGUUUUAGUGCCGGCCAAUAGCGGUAGCGCCGCAUUAACAACAACAACUGCGACAGCACUGCCGCAAAUUCAACUGCAAACGCUGCAACCGAAUGGUACAGUGACGUGUAUUAAUCUGCCACCGAACACGAUUCUGCUCACUGCGCCGGAUGGUUCCACGAUACUCGCCACAGCGACGCCACAGCAGUUGAGUAAAUUAACACAACAACAACAACCACAACCGCAACAACAACAAAUAAUAGCGAUACAAGAUUGGAAUGGCGGUAGCGGUGGCGCCGGCGCCAGCAGCUCCAACAGAAGCGUCGACGCUAAUGCUACAACAGUACUACAAGCUGUACAAGCUGCCGCAACACACCACCAACCACAAACAGCCACCACAACGCAAACAUUGCUGCUCACCGCCGACGGCACCGCCAUACCAAUCAUACAAUCGACACCAGCCGCCGCAACCAGUGCCAACGGCGCCACUUCGAAUUCGGCGGCGGCAGCAGCAGCUGCAGCGCAGAUUGUCGCCGCCCAACAGGCUGAGGCGCUGAAGGCGCAAGUGCUGGCGUAGGGUUUGGCCGGUGGCCAAUUAGGGCGAUUUCUGAAUAAUGCAACGAUUUUACCGACGACCUACUUUUUCUAAAACGACCAGGUAAUAAUGUAUCCGUUUAUAAUGUGCGUGUAUACUUUAUAUGUGUAAUCAGUUUGUCUAGCAAAGAGUUUUAAGUGCGAGUAUGUUAUUUAGUUUUGUCUUAAUCUAAGAAAUUUGUGUUUAAACUUUUUCCUUGAAUUGGUUUCUCUUCAACACCUAAAUGUAAAAAUCAGUUAUAAUUAAAUCAGUUAGCUUUAAGCGCUGAAAUGUGUUUUUCGAUAACUUGUUAUGAAAUAAUUAAAUUUACACCGUCUCAAAAGAAAAUUAAAAUCUAUGGCUGCAUAUUAAAAAUCAAGAAUCGCUCCAAUUAGCUACGAUUAAGCAAUUCUUAAUUGCUGUAAUAAUGCUUAACAAUAAUAUUAUUAGAAAAAACCGCUUAGUGUCGGGUCAUUCGUCAGUUAUAUUCAUUCGGGUAUAUACUAGUCGCUUUUUAAACUCUGAAAAGCUAAUAGUCAACAAUUCAUACAUAGUUAUGAAAAGAUGUCAGUAUAUGAAUAGUAUAUGGAGACUUAACGUUGAAGGAAAUGAAAUAAACUAUAAUUAUAAGUUAAAUAUUUGAUAAAAUGUUUCAAAAAUUUUAAAGUGAUUAUUUUUUUUAUUGCGCAAUAAAAUUUGUGAAGCACUAAAUUUAAAUUUUAUUUCAUUUUAAAAGUGAAAAUAAAGAAACUUUUGAAAUGAGAUACAAUUUGAAAACGAAUUAAUAAUAACAUUCAUUAAUUAUUUUGAAAAUAACUUAAUUAGAAAUUAGAAUACUUAAAAAAAAUUUAUAAUAUUUGGAUAUGUUUGUCACAAUUUAUUUGAAUGCGUGUUUUGUCCUAAUAAAGGGAAGUAAAAAAAUAAUUAUUUUUUAAUUUCAGCAUGAAUAAACUAUUUUAAGAUAGAAACAAAAUUUUACAGUAAUUUAUUUUUUAAAAUUCUCAAUGCAUUAAAAGUAAUUCUUUUAAAAACUCAAUUUACAAACAGAAUUUUACUGGCAAAAUUUAUAAUAACAAUUGGUUUAUUUAAUAUUAUUUCGAUUGCCGCGAAAUAAUCAUUUACAUAAACAAUAUUUUAUAAUAGUUUAUUUAUACAACAAAUUAGUUAAUAAUCAAUUUACUUUUUACAGUUUUCGAAAUUUUUAAAUUCAACUGCCAUUUUAUGCCUUCUCUGCAAGAGUUUUAAUAAAAAUGGUUUUAGCGCUAAAAUUUUUGCAAAGAAUUGCAUAUACAAAUAUUAAAAUAUUUUCUUUUAUUGAUUUUUUUAUUUCUAUUAAAUGAACAAAUUUUUGUGUACCAUGGAAUUAAGAAAUAAUAAUCAUUAUAAUAUUAAAAAAAAAAAUAAAAUUAGCAAACAAGAACAAAAAAAAAAAACAACAAAAUCACAUAUAAAAAAAAUCUCCAAGCAGUUCUUCAUAAUUCUGACUAGCAUAUACCACACACUAAUUUCUCCAACAAGUGUGAAUUGUUCGAAACUAAAACUAACGAAUAAACCCAAGCGUCAAAACUAGAAUCUACUAAAGACGAAUAAAUACCUGUGUGUUAAAUAAAACUAGAAAAAUAUGAAUGCGUAUUUCGAAGUUGUCGAAUUACUUGAAACAAAAAUGGUAAAUACAUAAUAUACUCGUCACAUAAGUACUGCAAAGACAGCUUAGUAAAAUAAGUUUUGGGUGAUUAUAUAUUAUAUAAUCCACACGCAAAUAAUUUGUUUAAUAAAAACGAGAAAAUGCAAUUUCGAAAAUUCGAAUUGUUACUAUUUUGUAAAUGUAUACCAUAAACAAAGAUAUAAACAUUGAAAUAGGUAUAACGGUAACUUAUAUUCGAUCACUCAGCGUUAUUAAAAAUAUAUUAUAGUUACUACUACUUUAGUUUUUUAACUUUAUAUAUAUCAUGCUCCUUCCAAUUCGUUUGCAAAUUGUAUAAAAGUAAUUGUUGUGUGUGUCCUCAUCAUUACAAAAAAAAAAAGAAAACAACAAAUUGUAACGCCGAUAUUAUGAAAACAGUUUAAUAAGUCAGAAACCUAUUUUACGACUUUUGCUUGUAAUUGCGAUAAAAGUUUCAAAAAACAUAAAUGCAUGCAAAAAUGUAUUAAAACUACACUUAAUGGUAUUUUUACCGCUUCAAAAUUCUACAUUUGGUACAAAUAAUUGAUUAUGAAGAUUUUAUAACAUAUUUUUAACUAAUUUUAUUUAUUUGAAGAUUUUACAUAACUGCAUGCUAAUGUUUUCUACAUUUUUGGUUCGAACUUUUGUAAAAAGGUAAUAUCGCGAUAACAAAUGUUGAAAAUAUUUUUAAUAAGCUGCUUUAAGCUUACACCUGGUUAUAUCUUUGUAUAAGCAAAGCUUUUCAGGUCGUAAAAGUAUAUUUUAUCAAAUUCGUGUUGUGUUUUCAAAACUUGCCGAAAUAACUACUAUAUUUGAACCACAUUUGUCAGGUCAUACUUGUUUCUACCAAUACCUUUUUCCACUUUCAUAAUAAUAUAUUUUAUUAAUAAUUAUUUGCAAUUACACAUAGCCAUUCGAGCUGGUUUGUUUUGUUUCGGGUGUCAUUUUACUAUAUUUAUUUUUGAAUUGUUUGUUUUUAAUACCCAUUUGUUUAUUAUGUAGAUAUAUGCUAUUUAUUUUAUUAAAUUUAAAUUAUUAUAAACAAAUUUCUUCGAAUUUUUGGUUUGUCCUCUACAAUUAAAAUUAAAAUUUUUGUUUUAAAAUUCGAACAGACUCCUCUUACUCAACAAUACAGAUUUCUGUUCGACAAUCAGAAACUAUAUUCUGUUCAGUAUCUAACGCAGUAAACAACAUGACUGUCAGUUACUAGUAGAAACACACACGAAAAAGCUUAUUAAUAAAAUUAAGGAGACCAGUUGAGGCAAAUCAUAGAAGAAAAUAAAAGUACUAUAUUUUACAAUUCAAUUAGGUUAUGUUUUAAUUAUGUAUAUAAAUACAUAUUAAAUUAAUAAGAUUAAAUAAUAAUAAAAUAAUAUUUAAAUGCGACGUGCUUAAAAAAAGCGACGAGUUACAAGUAUUUCUUAAUUGUAGAUCCUUAGUACUCAGUUGAUAUGACUAUGUGCUGAUUGAUAUUUUAUAAUAUUUGAUUUUCAAUUGAAAAAUUCAUGAAAAUGUUUAACAACAACUUGUAUGUACGUUUAGUAUAUAGACAUAAAAAAUGGAAUAGUUUUAAGCACGUGUUAAUAAGUACAUAAACUCAAUUAAUUUAAGCCAAGCAAAACAAACAAACCGAAAAGCAAAUGCGAAAAACUAUUGUAGACAUAAAUUUAUUGAAUUUAGAAACAAAAUUCAAAUUCAGAAUAGUUUUGAAUUGGAUAAUUUAUUUAAAAUCUAAGCCAUUUAAAUUAAAAUUCUUUUAAAUUUAUUUAAACAUAAUAAAUAAUUUUCCUUUAACCUAAUUUAAGAGCAUUUCAUAAUAAGGAAAAAAGUGAAGUAAAUAAAAUCAUGUAAGAACAAAAUUUGACCAAUAAACAAAACCAAUGAUUGAUAAUUAGUAUAAUAGUAAUUAAAGCAUAAAAUAAAUAAUUAUUAUAAGUUUAUUGUACGAAAAUAACAAAUUAUUGAAAAAAAGGAAAAAUCUUAAAAAAUGGAAUUAGUUUGAGCGAUAUUAAUAAAAAAAUUAAACUGUUGUAAGAACCUGUAAAAUAUAUACAUAUAUUAUUGUAAAAGCUUAAAUGACCCAUUCGUAUUGCAUGUAGCUCAUUUAGGCUACGCAUAUAUAAACUAUUAUAACACUAUUAACUGCACUGUGCUAGUCAGAAAACUACAAGCACACAAUCACUCAGCUGGUAGUAUUUUAUUGUAAUUACACCAGCGCAGAGUUGCUGAUUGUGCUAAGGAAAAAAAUCUAAUUAUAAAAAAGUUCCCACUUCAAGCACAGUGUAAUAAUGUGAAAUAUUAAAUUAUCUGUUAAUAUUACACAUUACAUACCUACAAGUAUAUAAUAUAAAAUAAAGACGAAACUUAUUUCAUAAA